AUGCGUGAGCGAAGCUGCGCCAACGCUUCUGACGAUGACAGCAUUCACAAGCAGUCGCCAGAAUUGGAGGCUGAGUUUCUUCAUACCAGCAAGUUGACCUUAGCCGACAUGCGACGAUUGGCGCACGAUCCGAAGGAUCGGAGGUUGGCAACAAAACCUGCGGCGCAAGCUACGAAAGAAGACGUCUUGACGGUACAACCCAUGAGUUUCGUAGAACACACUGCUUGCUGUCUGUUUCUCGCGUUUGGAGUGCCCAAUGGCGCUCUGACGAUUCCCAUAGCAACGUGGCUGAUCGGAAAAUUCGUGGUACGCAACGUUUUCUUGGCGUUUCUGUUAGCAGGCUGUAUACUUCUACCGCUUGCGAUACUGCCGCAAGAAUAUGUGCCCGCCCGAUUGCAAUCGUGGCUUGCUUUGCAGAUACUGAAAUAUUUUUCUUUCUCUUUGGUCAUGGAGGAACGCCCUCCGACAAUGUGUACUGGCAAGCAGCUGAUCGAGCAGCCCGCUCGGCCACGAAUCGUCACAGCCUAUCCGCACGGAGUUUUCCCAUACGGAAACGCGUUGACUGUAGUCACAUGGCCGUUGUUGACGGGACACCAUAUUGUGGGUUUGGCAGCAAAUGCCGCUUUGCGGACACCGAUCUUUAAACAAAUCUUGCGGAGCAUUGGCGUCAAGGACGCCUCUCGAGCGUCGGUACGGAAUGCGCUGGAAACAUGGCCUUUCACCGUCGGGAUUUCGCCAGGUGGCGUGGCGGAAGUUUUUGAAACAAACCACUUCAAUGAGCACAUUCUGUUGAAAGAACGUAUUGGUGUCAUCAAGAUGGCCAUUCGCACCGGUGCGGAUCUUGUACCAGGCUAUAUGUAUGGUAAUACUAAUCUGUACUGGUGCUGGACAGGGGAAGGUAUUCCUGGAGCUCGGUGGCUAUUGGAGUAUGUUUCGCGUAAAAUCCUAGGUUUUGCCCUCGUGCCUAUAGCGGGUAGAUGGGGACUACCAAUACCGUACAGGACUCCGAUAUUGUGUGUCGUGGGCAAGCCAAUACCAACCAUUCAUUUGCAAACCGAAGAACCAUCAAUGGAGCAAAUCGUGGACAUUCAGGAACAAUUGUCAACAGAAUUGAAAUCAAUGUUCGACCGCUAUAAGCACCUGUACGGAUGGGAAGAUCGAAUGCUAGUGAUCACAUAA